AUGGCUUCUCCGCAGCCCAACAUGGAGAGGUUUCUCCGUGACUGGCGCCAGGAUGCCCUCAACAAGGCGCAGUAUGAGUCGGCCAUCUUUAUCGGAGACAAGCUGUUGGCAAUGACAAAAGACGAUAACGACGCCUUUUGGCUUGCCCAAGUCCACUUCGCCGCCGGCAACUACACGCGCGCACACGAUCUGCUGAGCAAACACAACCUCAUAAGCUCGAACCCGUCCUGCCGCUACCUCGCCGCCCACUGCCUGAUCCGCCAGAACAACUUCUCCGACGCCCUCGCCCUGCUGGGGGAGCUCACCCCGGCCCACCUCUUCACCUCGAACACCAAGCGCAAGACACACCGAACAACCGCGUCAAGAGGCACACGGGCAGGAUCCAAGAACCCCGAGCGGCAGCCGGACCACCUCAGCGAGGAGGAGUGGUCGACCAGGCGGUACGAGGCCGGCAUGUGCUACCUCCGGGGGCUCUGCUACGCCAAGGAGAAUGCCUUUGACCGGGCUAAGGAGGCGUACAAGGACGCGCUGCGCAUCGACGUGCAGUGCUACGAGGCGUUUACCCAGCUGGUGCGCAACUCGCUUAUGUCGCCCGACGAGGAGGCCGAGUUCAUGCAGUCGCUUGAUUUCAACACGGCACGGGCACCCAAGGGGGGCGACGACCCAGAGCUGAGGACGGAGCCGGGGGAUUACGUGCACAUGCUCUACCAGACCCAGCUCUCCAAGUACGGCAGUCCCCGCGCCUUCAACGCCGCCGUCGAGUCUCUCUCCACCCACUACGGGCUUGAGGACAACGCCGACCUUCUCCUCGCCCGUGCCGAUCUGCUGUACACCCAGUGCCGCUUCCGGGACGCGCUGGCCAUCACCGCCGCCGUCCUCCAGGAAGACAAGUCCAACUUCCCCGCCUACCCCGUCCACCUCGCCUGCCUGUACGAGCUGAAGCAGACGAACGAGCUCUUCCUCGUGGCGCACGACCUCGCCGACAACCACCCGGAGCACGCCUGCACCUGGCUCGCCGUCGGCACCUACUACCUCGCGACCUCUAAGAUCGCCGACGCGCGGCGCUACUUCAGCAAGUCCUCCAUGAUGGACGCGACCUUCGGCCCGGCCUGGAUCGGGUUCGCGCACACCUUCGCAGCCGAAGGCGAGCACGACCAGGCCAUCACGGCCUACUCCACCGCCGCCCGCCUCUUCACCGGCACCCACCUCCCGCAAGUCUUCCUCGGCAUGCAGAACCACGCCAUGAACAACAUGACAGCCGCCGAAGAAUACCUCAAAUCGGCGUACCAGCUCUGCCGCGCGGACCCGCUCCUCCUCAACGAGAUGGGCAUCGUGCUCUACCACCAGGACCGCCUCAAGGACGCCGCCAAGUUCUUCCGGCAGGCCCUCCUCGUCGCCGACGAGACCGGCGCCGACCCCCACGCCUGGCUCGGCGCCCGCACCAACCUGGGGCACGCCUACCGCCGCCUGCGCCUGCUCGACGAGGCCCUCGACGAGUUCGACACCGUGCUGCGCGACGGCGGCAAGAACGCCGCCGUCUUUUGCGCCAAGGCCCUGAUUUUGCUGGAUAAGGGCCUGCCGGACGAUGCCGCCCGCGUGCUGCAUGAGGCGCUGGCCGUCAAUCCGCAGGAUGCCAUCGCCACGGAGCUGUUGAAUAAGGCGCUGGAGGAGUCGGCCGUGGGCGAUGUGGCUAGUUUGAUGGGCGCGUUGAGCACGGAGUUGGACUUGGCGGGUGGAGGGGAGGGCGAGCGUGGAGAAGGUGAAGGGGGUGGUGGUGCGGGUGGUGGGGGGGAGAUGGAUCGGUUUGAGAUGGAGUUGGAGGAGAAGAAGGUGGCGGCGAGGAUGCGUAUGGAGAGGAGGGCGAGGUGGACGGAGGCGGGGUUGGGUGGUGGGGGGAAGGGGAAGUCGGUUAUGAGGGGGAAUGCGAGGGGUGCGGGUGGGAAGCGUGGUGGUGGUGAGGGGGAGUUUGAGGGGGAUGAGAAGGGGGAUGCGAUGAUGGAUAUGAGCGAUGAUUAUUGA